AUGCUGCAGUGCAGACCGGCCCAGGAGUUCAGCUUCGGCCCCCGGGCCCUGAAGGACGCCCUGGUGUCCACCGACCCGGCCCUGCAGCGGCUCUACGUCUCCGCCUUCUCCCCCGCCGAGAGGCUGUUCCUGUCCGAGGCCUACAACCCCCAGAGGACCCUGUUCCGCACGCUGCUCAUCCGCACGGCCUUCGACUGGCUCCUGAGCCACCCCGAGGCCCCCGAGGACUUCCAGACCUUCCACGCCUCCCUGCAGCACAGGAAGCAGAGCCUGGCUCGGAAGCACAUUUACCUGCAGCCAAUAGGUAUGGGGGCACCGGGCCGUCGGGACCCUCCUGGGGGGAUCAGGCCCGUAGAUAGUACAAGGGGGACCCUCUAUGCAGGGGGUGCUCUGUGCAAGGGCCUGCAGGCGGGGAAGAGGGCGCUGGAUGUGUUCGGGACUCGGGGCUGGAGCUGGGAGGCCAUGGGACCGUUGGACCGUUCCGCAUGCAGAGACUGGGAGAUGCAGGAUGGGCCGAGGGCUGGGGCCCCGUGGGGAAGGGCUCCGCCAGGUGCAGGGAGCAGGAGUGGCUGGGCCGGCCACUGUGCCUAUCGGCGUGCCAAGGGCAGGGUGGCAAUUCUGCCUCCUAAAUUGCUCUGGAACUGUCCACCUCCCUCCGCCUCCCUGCUGACAGCUCAGAGCUGCGCCCACACGUGGCAUCUUGUUGAAACGCAGCACAUGCUCUGGCGGGUCCCUCCUUGGGUGGCUGCUCCCAGCCCUGAGAGGCCAUGCCAGCUGCACCUGCACCUGCACCCCACGUCCUCUCUGCUCCAGCCGGGCUGGUGUUUGCAGCCAUUGACUGACCUGCCUGCUCUGCCAGCCUUGCUCACCUGGGUAGCAGUCCCUGCCUUGGGAUCAUCCGGCCCCGCCGUGGGCCCCUCCGCCCACUCCCUCCCCGAGCACUUGUGCGAUUAUCUGAGCGAGGGGCCGGUGGGGGGCUCCCUGCUGGACAGCCUGCGCAGCUGCACAGAGGCCUUCUUCCUGGGCCUGCGGGUCAAGUGCCUGCCCUCGGUGGCAGCCGCGUCCAUCCACUGCUCCUCGCGCCCCAGCCGGGACUCCGACAGGCUCCAGCUCCACACAGACGGCAUCCUGUCCUUCUUGAAGAACAAUAAGCCGGGUGACGCGCUGUGCGUGCUGGGCCUCACGCUGUCCGACCUGUACCCCGGAGAGACCUGGAGCUACACCUUCGGCAAGUUCCUUCCAGGGCACGAAGUGGGCGUCUGCAGCUUUGCCCGGUUCUCGGGGGGAUUCCUGCAGUCGGGGCCCAGCGCCCCUGACCGGGCCCUGGUGGAGGCGGCAGCAGAUGGCCCUGAGACCCCCCUGCAGGACAGGGGAUGGACCCUGUGCUUCAGUGCCCUGGGGAUGGUCCAGUGCUGCAAGGUCACAUGCCAUGAGCUCUGCCACCUCCUCGGUCUGGGGAACUGCCGCUGGCUCCGCUGCCUCAUGCAGGGCGCGCUCAGCCUGGAUGAGGUGCUGCGGCGGCCCCUGGACCUCUGCCCCAUCUGCCUGCGGAAGCUGCAGCACGUCCUGGGCUUCAGGCUCCUCCAGAGGUACAAGAGACUCCAUGCCUGGACUCGGCUGGUGGCAGGGACGUGGCCCAGCCAGGAGGCGGGGGAGCCGUCUGUGUCGGAGGACACCCUGCCCGUCAGUGCCGACUCAGGCAUGUGCUGCGAGAGCGACUCGGAGCCCGGCAGCAGCCUGUCGGAGCCCCUCACGCCCGACGCCUGCAGCCAUGUCUGCUCCCUGGGGCCGGAGCUGGAGCCCGAGGAUGGGCUGAGCUCCCUGGUGGCCUCCGAGGCUUCACUGCCGCUCGGGGACUCUGCAGAAGCCAUCAAGGAGCAUGAAGGGUGGCUGGCCACAUGCAUCCAGGCCCUGGAGAGGGAAGGGGCUGAGGAGGAACUGGCGCGGGUGGACCAAGCCGUGGAUGCCCUUGACCGGUGGGAGAUGUUCACAGGGCGGCUCCCAGCCACCAGGCAGGACCUGCCCCGGGGCCGAGACAGCGUGGGGCUGCGCAGGGUGCUGGGGGGCACGUUCUCCUCCCUGAGGAGGAGGCUGAGUGCUCGCAAACUCUCCAGGGCGGAGUCGUCCCCCUGUCGCCGGGAGGGAGAGGAGGACUAGCAUAGCAUGGGCUGUCCCGUGGCUGUCUCGGUCCAGGUUCCGAGGGUGCUGCGGACA